AUGUAUUGGACAACGUUGUUCACUUUAGCGAUUACUUUAGCUGUUUCGCUGGUAAACGGCGACAAGGAGAAAUACUCGAGAUAUUCUCCAUUGCCGAAUCCUCCUCCUCCUCCUGAAAAAGACGAUGACGCAACAUCUGGUUGCAACUUGAAGGUUGAAUGUAAAAACAGAAAAGGGGAACCAGGAAUACCUGGUCUGAUAGGUGUUCCUGGCCUUCCUGGCCCUUUCGGUUUUCCUGGAUUAAAGGGACAGAAAGGAGAACAAGGAACGGAAGAAUUGACACGAUCGGGUGUAUCUUUCUUCGCUGCGUUGAACGAAAACAUUGGACCUUUGAAUGGCCAGGUGAUGAAGUACGAUUACGUGCUCCUCAACGAAGGUUCAGCAUACAACUCCACUUCCGGAAAGUUUACAGUGCCAUUUAGUGGUGUUUAUGUCUUUAACAUUGUAGUGGCUGCACAACAUGGAAAAAGUGCUAGUGUCCAGUUAUUCCAGACCAGUGAUGGCGAAGACCAGGUAGUUGUAACAGUAUGGUCCGAGAGUAUUCCAAAUUGGAGCCCAUCAUCAAAUACUGUGUAUUUGAGUCUCCAGCAGGGACAGAAAGUGUAUCUCUUGGCAAACCGAGACCUGAACUCGUAUUACUUCGCAAAUAUGUAUACCACGUUCAGUGGACACAUGCUGUAA